AUUAGGCAUCAAUGACAUUUUUCAGAACAAGUCUAAAGUAGUUUGGAAAAUUUUCAGUAAUGCUUUAUAACCUCGUUCAACGUUUUUUUCUUGAAGAGUCUUGGAAAAAUACCAUCGAUGGGUCUGUUCAAUUUAUCGGUGAAUUAUAUCAAUAUUUAUGUAAUAAUGCCAAGUGGUGCCGCUUAAUGAUUCGAGGCUCAUCGAAAUAUCAUUUCGAAGACGAGCGUGAACUAUCGAAUUAAAUAAAUAAUUAUAUCUAUUCAGAUAACACAUAAUGAUCAAAAUUCAUUUUUAAAGCGCCUAAUGGCACAGAAAUUGUCUUUAAGACAUCUUAAAGAUGACUUUUGAACAUACGUGUUGUUUGGGUACAGCUUUUUGACGUCUGUCACUUACUUAAAUACGCUAUUUCAGAAAAUAUUUAGGUUUCUAGUUUUUUCAUUAACGAUCACUUUACUGUCGCUGUAGGUUGUCAGUUAUUCGUCAAUAACGGUAAAAAUAAAAUGGAAUGGUGCUAGUCGUUACGGUCUGAUUGAACCGUGGUAGCUACUAUUGCACUCAGGUAGGUGUGUUACUUGUUUGCAAAAAGUAAAUAUAUAAAACAAAGAAAAAUAUUGUUGAACGUAUCGCUACGACUUUUUAAAUCCUUUUUUAAGUUUGAUCGUGCAAUUACAUUUAAUUUGUACAACGGAAUUAAAUCUUACUGAUAGGAAAUGAGGUCAUCUAUCUUGUAGCAGAAAAUUUUGAAAAUACAAUCAAAAUCAUGGGCUAGUGCUAGAUCAUAUAAUAAGCAGAUAUGUAGUGACUUAUGUACUUGACAUUAAUAAUAUGAUUUCCAUACUUUUUGUUAGAGGAAUUCACAGCACUCCUGUACUUGGCAUAGUUUUUCACACGUGUUUUUUGGUCUGUUAUGUAGAAAAAUAAAUGGAUGUGCGAAGACAACGACGACGGAAUUGAAAUAAAAUAAACUCAUCUCACUCGCCAUCUCAAUACGCUCUGAUCUCGUACAUUAAUUGUAUUGAUCUUGGUGGCAAUCGAUUCAGAAUCUUCAAUUCCGAUAGUUAACGUUUGAUUUCAAACUCAGAUAUACAUAUAACAGUUGACUCUGGUAGAGUUUCUGCGGUCCGUGCGCUGUACAGCCAGUUGCCUGUACUUGGCACGAGACUCGACCGAGUCUCUUGAUGUAUUGGAUAUGGCCAAUAGUUUAGAAUAUCUCGGUGGCGUCAUCUGUAUGAGUUAUGUAAAGAAUAGACUCGGCAUCUUAUGAUGGCAUAUAGUUAUCACGGGAGUUGAUUGCCGCGAAUACCUACAGAUUAACUUUACCAAUAAAAAGAAUGCUACAUAGCUUCUGUGUAUGACAGAGUGUUAUACAUAUGACAAAAUAUGUUUAUCGUAACAAAAGAAAUUGACAGUGAAAAUAUAAGCAAGCUGUGUCGUACGUGCUUGAGAGAAGAUGGUGAUAAAAUGAUUUGUUUAUUUGUUGGACCAGCGGGAUCAUCUUUGGCUUCUAAACUUCGUUCACUGUCCUGCUUGGAGGUAUGGCAGGGGGAUGGAUUACCUGAGAAAAUGUGUGAUCGCUGUGUAACUAGAGCUGAAUCUGCACUUCUUUAUCGUGAACAAUGCAGAGCUGCAGACAGAGCUCUACGCCAGGCUGCAUUAAAGGUUUCAGGACUUACUUCGUAUGCAACUGUGUCAGGUUGCAAACUCUAUCAGCAAAAUCAGGGUUUUGUACCCCUUCAUAAUUCUCAAACGACAUUAAAAUGUCUAGAAUGUGGGGCUGUCUUUAUGAAUUAUCAGGAAUUAUGUGCGCACAAUCGUCUUCAUGGUCCAUCUAUGCAAAACGGCACACCAGUACAGCAUAUGCACAUUGUUGAAGCCCAAAAUUCCUAUUUCAAUCUUAGUCAUCUGAGUUCACACCUAGAAAGUGAUUCUAUGCAAAAUUCAUCUCCACCUGGAGCAUCCACUUUGUCCAGUGGAAUGGCAGAAAAUGAAGGUGCUAGCAGAGCUGCUUGUGCAUUGCACUGUUCCUUGUGCAAUCAUACUUUUACCAAUAGAACACAACUUAUAAGUCACAAUCUAACACACAGUGCUGAGAAUAAUAUUGAUCUGUCCUGUGACAAUGAGAAUCCAGAAAUUUGUGAGGAUUCCAAUCAGAUUGAAAACCUGUCCUAUCCAAGAACAUCUGUCGCAGAGAAUCUCAGCUUCACUGAGAAUAUAGGCUUGGUUCCAGAAGUACAAAACUCUGAAGAUGAUGUUGAAAGAAGUCAAGAUCGUCGACUAACAGAGGAGAGCUAUGAGGAUGAAUUACCCAAAGAUGACAAUCUUAAUAGAAAGCAUAAAUGUGAUCUUUGUGAAAAGACAUUUGUCCAAAAAUCCAAACUUACUACACACAGGUUAUCACACACUGGUCAGCGACCCUUUAAAUGUACAAAUUGUGAGAAAGCUUACACAUCAAAGAGUAAAUUAAAUGCUCACUUGCGAUUACACACAAAAAUAAACCUUCAUCAAUGUAACGUAUGCAACAAAACGUUCCCCUAUCGCUCCUAUCUGGAGGAUCACAAGAAGAUUCAUAAAUCGAAAUCCGAAGCUGCGCAGGGAAUAAGACAUUUUGAGUGUGCAAUGUGCGAAAAACGAUUUUCCUUAGAAAAAAACUUGAAGUCCCAUCUGAAGUUACAUACUGGGAAAGGUGUGGUACGCUGUGAAAUUUGUGACAAACGAUUUAGUCAGAAGUACAGCUUAAACAUACACAUGAAAUCGCACAAGUCAAUCAAGUCUCAUAAGUGCGAAUUUUGUGAGAAGUCCUUCUCGCAAAAGGGCAAUCUUGUAGAGCAUCUCAGAAUUCACACUAAGGUUAAACCAUUCAAGUGCGAAAUAUGUGACAAGUCAUUCUCACAAAGUUCUCAUCUAAAAAGCCACCGUGUUUCACACGAUUCCAAACGGCUUCAUCAGUGCAGACUUUGUGGCAAAAGGUUCAAAUUAGAUAGCCAUCUUAAACGACAUUUGCAGUUGCAUACUGGAAGCAAAACGUACAAAUGUGAAGAGUGCAAUCAACUAUUUGCUCAGGCUUUUAGUUUGAAGAGACACUUAAAGAGGCAUACCGACUCCCAUAUCUGAUCUCUUAGCUAAUUGAAUCUAAUCUUAGCACCUGAUUAUAUUACUGAAUUCGCCUAUAAAUGGCUUAAAGAACUUAUCAAAAGGAAAGAUAACGCACGUGUUCAACUAAUUUAUGAAAUUAUAGAACAACGAGGAUUUCCAAAUUCUAACAGUUUAUAAAUGAUACUAAAAAGCAAAUGUGAAGGGAUAGAAGUCGUCUCAACAAUGGUGGUCGACUAAUUGUAAAUCUCUGAGUGUAACGAGACUGACGUCUUUCAUUUAUACCAUCGUCAGAUGAAUAAGUUUGUGCGGGACAUGGAUUACGCAUUGCGAUAUUCAACAACAGGGACGAUGGAGUCAUGCAAUGUGCUCAAGGCGCGCCACAAACAAAUAAUAUGGGCGAAUUUCUAUUUGUUGAUAAAGAACGAUGGGCGCCGUUGGAAUCCUCGUUGCGUGGCGCCAUCCGAGCCAAAGCAAACUUCACUGGCAAACAAUAAACAGACAGUAAACAGCGAUUAUCGUCGUUCUUGUCUUUCGCAGUACAAUUCAGUAUCAUGACUCUUCUUACUCAUUGAACAUCCUAACGAGCAUCAGCCGCCAGCAUCUUUUGGAAGUUACAAGUUCAUAUUUAAGAUGUCAGAAUGGAAGACUUCAAUUUUGGGUCAAAACCUUCUGUAUUCAUAUGAGCUUUAUCGGAUAUCUCUUUCCGUCGGAUGAUUUUUUAAUUGUUUUGUUUAAACAACAAUGUGGCACAGACAAACAUGUAGAUAUAUGGAAAUUUUAUUGGUGUCAUUGUACCGGCGCCACGUCCCUGAUUAGUCUCGUGCGACGGUUGGAGUCUCCGUACUCUCGCCCCUCCAUCUGCCCCAUGAGAUAAUUCCCACGUUUCUCCUAAUUUUAGAGAUUACUAUCAUAUCUUAAAUGGUGUCGCAUAUCAUUAAUGAACGUAGGUCGUGCUCGACGCG